UCCAUAUACGCAUACGUGAACAGGGACGAGAGAUUUCUGGAACUCUUUUUCAGAUUUUGUUCCGUACUCAUCGUAGUCGGAUUGAACAAAACUGUAAAAGGGGAUUAUAUAGUAAUAAAAAAAGUUUGGUUUUUUUAAAUUCAUCCUUUCUAUACGUUUGUGUUGGGUUCGGGUGUUUAAUGUGUUGUUAAUGUUUGACUCGGAUGCAUGUGUAAUUGUCACUGCUCCAAAGCUGACACGGCCUCUCAAGAAAACAAUUUUUCGUUUUUAUAUUUAUAAAUUUCUUUAGGGGCAGUUUGAUUUUAGCGGUUGUUGAUUGUGAGUCUUAUGAUUUCCACUUAGAUACAAAUAAAGAGGGAAUGCAAAGGAAAGAUUCUUAAAUCACACGAUUUUUUUUUUCUUUUCUUUUCCUUUUUCUUUUUAUUAUUUUUCCCACAUUGAUUGGUUCCUUAGGGUUUCCUUCAUUAUUUACUCGUCCGUAUUCUUUAUGUGAAUUUGGAGCAUGUGGGCGUAGAUCUUUGCUGAUUUCUCAUUCUGGGGUUUUCAAAUUCCUUGGUCUUCUCGUCUGGAUCGAGAAAUUUGGAGGAGGUCUAAGAGGCUGGUUUUGGUUGGGAUAAACAUAGGAAGCUCAACACCCAGAUGUGUUCUGUUCAAGGGACUUCAAAGAACUGUUGCAGUCUCCUUGGGGUUGUGUGUGGAAGAGCUACUGGAAAUAAGCACCAGCAAGAUGUUGCAGUUGAUGGUGUUACAUAUCCCUUCCCCGAGAUUGCCUCCUCGGGGCGUUUGGAGGUUCAUCUUCUAAAAAAUCCGAGUAGAGAUGAAUUUCGUACGGCUCUGGAUACGUUGCAGCCAAACAUUGUCUUUUUACAAGGAGAACAACUCCCAAAUGAUGAAGUUGGUUCGCUAGUAUGGGAAGGUCUUGACUUGUCUUCUGAGGAGGCCAUUUCUGGGCUUUUUGGUGCCAAAUUACCAACAACAGUUUACUUGGAGCUAGCAAAUGGAGAAAAGUUGGCCACGGCUCUUCACUCUAUGGGAAUUCCAUAUGUGAUAUAUUGGAAGAACACAUUUUCCCGCUUUGCUGCUUGCCAUUUUCGCCAUGCAUUGUUCUCGGUGGUUCAAAGUUCAUCUUGCGUUACCUGGGAUGCUUUCCAACUCGCACAAGCAUCUUUUAGGCUGUAUUGUGUCCAAAACAACCUUGUGUCCUCUGAUAACAGCCGAAAAGUUGAAGCUAAGAUAGGUCCUCAACUUCUUGGAGACCCUCCGAAGAUUGAUGCUCCUCCUCCAGAGCCAGUUGCUGGAGAUGAUGAAGAAAGUCCGUCUGAUGAUCUUCCUGCCAUAAAUAUCUAUGAUGAUGACACGAAUAUUAGGUUUCUCAUUUGUGGAUUGCCGUGCUCAUUGGACACAUGCCUGUUGGAAUCUCUGGAAGAUGGGCUUAAUGCUCUCUUGAGCAUAGAGAUCCGAGGGAGCAAACUCCAUAACCGGGUUAGUGCCCUUCCUCCACCGCUCCAGGCCAGUGCAUUUUCUCGUGGGGUUGUGACCAUGCGAUGUGAUGUAUCAACCAGCAGUUCUGCUCAUAUCUCCCUUCUGGUGUCGGGCAGUGCUCAAACAUGCUUUGAUGAUCAGCUCUUGGAGAAUCACAUAAAGAGCGAAAUCAUUGAAAAGAGUCAGCUAGUUCAUGGACAGCCAAGUCCCAAGGAAAUCCGACCUCCCUUAUCUGAUCCUUGGAGAUCUGCCUCGAUAGCUUGUGGAGCAACGGUUUUCGAAGUUUGCAUGAGGGCUCCUAUGUGGGCUUUGCAGGUUUUGAGGCAGCUAGCAUCCGAUUUUUCGUUUCGUAGUUUUGUAGCGCUUGGUAUUGCCAGCAUCCAGGGGUUAGCCGUAGCUUCGUUUGAAAAAGAAGAUGCGGAAAGACUUCUUUUCUUCUGCAAAAUGCAGGGGAAGGAUGGGAAUUCAAACGAUGUUAAGAUCGCCAGCCCGCCAGCCUGGUUAAGACCUCCCGCUCCUAGCAGAAAGAGAUCUCGUACGAGCCAUGAAACUGAUUUGAGCCCCCGAAAUGGUUUGAAUUCUGGAUAUCGAGCGUAUAUUAGAAGAGAAGAGGAAAAUGGAAGUGCACCAGCAAAUGGGUAUGCAAUGCCUUUGGUGCCCGCUAGACGAAAACUGAAAGCUGCGGCACUUAAGCCCAUCCCUCAUGUUCGUCACCAAAAAAUGUUCCCUUUUUCUGGAAUCUCGGAGGUGGAGGGACACGAUGGAAACCAGGUUAAAGCUAAUUUACCGGUUGUUCCAUCAACUAAGGCAGCCAGUAAUAUCGGAGUAGCUGCUGCUACGCAACGUAAAGCAGUGGCAAGCUCACAACAGGCUAAGCAAAUUAUACCUUUGAAUCCCCUUCCUCUGAAGAAACAUGGAUGCGAGAGAAGCCCGAUACACGUGUGCUCUGAGGAAGAAUUCCUUAAAGAUGUGAUGCAAUUUCUUAUACUUCGUGGCCAUACCCGUCUUAUUCCUCAAGGCGGACUUCCCGAGUUUCCAGAUGCAGUACUCAACGCGAAGCGUCUUGACCUCUUCAACUUGUAUAGGGAGGUGGUUUCUAGAGGUGGAUUUCAUGUCGGCAAUGGCAUCAAUUGGAAAGGGCAAGUUUUCUCAAAAAUGCGCAAUCACACGGUGACCAACAGAAUGACGGGUGUUGGAAAUACACUCAAAAGACAUUACGAAACUUACCUUCUGGAAUACGAAUUGGCCCACGAUGAUGUAGACGGGGAGUGCUGCUUGUUGUGUCACAGUAGCGCUGCUGGUGACUGGGUUAAUUGCGGGAUGUGCGGCGAGUGGGCCCAUUUCGGCUGUGACCGGAGACCAGGUCUUGGCGCCUUCAAGGAUUACGCGAAGACAGAUGGAUUAGAAUACCUAUGCCCUCAAUGCAGUGUAGCAAAGUUCAAGAAGAAAAUUCAGAAAAUUGCAAAUGGAUAUUCUUGAGUCCUAACACUUGUCAAGAACCCCACUAAUCCUGAUGAUUCUUUCUAAAUUCUUUUCCUCUACAGAGUUUCCUUUUUUGCCAUGGGAGUGUUCCUCACUAGAAAGGCGCAGUACAGUAUACAUCUGCCCAUUUUGCCCCGCCAGGUUCCCGGACUUGCAAAAUCGCGAGUCAAAGCAAGUGAAAUUUGCAUGUAACAUCUCUCACGGGAUGCAGAUACCAGUGCAGUAUGCAAAGAGCCCGAGAAAGGAUGGAAGGUGCAUACUUGGGAGUGGGAGGUGUGCUACGAAGGCGAUGGAGGGAGUCGUGUAAUAUAUAGAGUAUAUACAUACAUAUAUAGCAUAAUCUUCUUUAGACAUGUUACAGUAGUUGUAGCUUUAUGAAAACAAUAUAAUGUAGUUUUUGGGGUUUUGGUGAUUCCUGCCUGAGGUGUGCAAAUCUUUUCAGCUUUUGUAGUUCAGCUCUAGAUUUAAUCAUAACUAUGGUGCCAAAAACCAUUGUACCAUUUAAGGUUGUAGUUUUUGUAGGGUUUGUUGGGGCUUAGUGAGGAACAUCCUUUGAUGUAAUGCUACUAGAACACUGCCUCAACUGACGUGGCGGGACAACAUUGGUGAUUACUGACAGAUAGACACUCUUGUUUUGCCACAUCAGGUGUGACAAGUGUACGAAUAAUACAAUUUAGUUUUUUUUUUUUUUUUAAA